AUGGUUGCCAGCGGUGGCCAGGACAUGCACUGGGAGAUUGGGGGAUGGCCAUGGGAUGUCUGUGCGGGCAUCUGUAUCCUCACAGAGGCAGGUGGGGUCACCUUUGGCGGCAAGGACAGUUCACUCAGCGGCGAAGUCGAUGCCGAGCGUUUGGCCUGUCGCAAGUAUGUGUUUGUCCGUGCCAUUGCACCUGCAGAAGGUGAAACGACCUUCGAGACACAGCGGCGUUUUGUAAAAGAAUUCUACGACACGACAGGAAGUAUCGAGCCUUAA